ACAGAACAACAACACACCAUCACCCAUCUCCAGUACGUUGCUUGGCCUGAUCAUGGUGUUCCUGAUGAUUCCAUGGACUUCUUGGAGUUUGUGACCUGUAUGAGGCCAAAGAGAGUAGAGAAUGAGCCGGUCCUUGUUCACUGCAGCGCUGGAAUCGGUCGCACUGGUGUAUUGGUCACUAUGGAAACAGCCAUGUGCUUAAUUGAAAGAAACCAACCUGUUUAUCCACUGGAUAUUGUACGAAAAAUGCGAGACCAGCGAGCUAUGAUGGUGCAAACAUCAAGUCAAUACAAAUUUGUUUGUGAAGCUAUUCUUCGUGUUUACAAGGAAGGAUUGGUUCGACCACUGGAUUCCAGUUAGCACAGCAGUGAAGGAUGAAUUCUUUUUUCCCCUAAAAAUACUGCUCUUUACUUAAAGCAAGGGCUUGUUUCUGAAAUCAACUAGAAUGGACUAGAAGCCCAUGAAAAGACGGAUGAGCACAUUUGAACUGUGGCACUUUAAAUUUCUCAAGAAGAUUGCUAAAUCAUGUACAGUAUAACGAAGUCAUGUAGAUAAAUGAGAGCAAUUGUGUGUAAUAUGCUUUAUUCACAUAGACACCGUAAACAAUCAUGGAAACCUUAAUACAUCUUUUACUGCCUUAAAACACCCUUCACUUUGGAAGUUACAAAGGUCCUUGUGUUUCUUUUGAAAAUGAAAAAAGAAAACUAGUACUAUUGAGAUGAUUCAGCUUAGGAGAAGGUAUUUAUUAUCUUUGUAUUGUAUGAAAGUUCAUUGGAGGUGAAUAUUUGUAACUUUCUUAUUAGGACACUAAAUACUCAUGGAAAUGUAACCUUGACUUCUAAAAGGCUGACAAAGAGCUUUAAAGGCUAAUGCAUAACUACUGAACAUUAAGAUCUGGAGAAAUUAAGUAUUCAGUUACCAUAAAUCUAUUAGUAAGUAUGCCAGCUGUUAUAAUAUGCUUCUUAGAAAUCACAUCUACUGUAUGUGAUGUG